GGACAACUUGUUCAAAGAAACGUCAUGAGCGACACAUAAAUUAUAAAUACGAACACACGACCUUCCUUUCCAAAAAUCUUCUUGUCAAACUAAUAAACUAUCCUAUCUAGGAAUUGCGUUACCUCGUAUCACAAGAAAAAAGUAUUUGGAUUUCCCCAAUAUCUUCACUUCCAAGCCUCGAAAUACUCACCAACUACCUCCAUUACGCAACCUCUCCUUACUUUAUUCCAUAUCCAAAUUCCGAAUCUCGUUGUCGCAUCACUGUCGCAUUACUUCUAUCGAUACCCUCAUAUAUCCAAUUAUGGAUCAAAUGAUGGGAAAUGGGGAUGGGGGUCCAGCCGGGUUUCCGCUCGAAACUUGGUUUUGGGAAAUGCCCGUUUGUACAAGAUGGUGGACGACAGCUACAGUUAUUACGAGCGCGCUGGUUCAAUGUCAAAUUGUUACGCCGUUUCAGUUAUUCUACAGCUUUAGAGCCGUGUUUGUCAAGUCGCAGUAUUGGCGCCUCCUGACAACUUUCAUAUACUUUGGUCCUUUAUCCCUGGAUCUUGUUUUCCACGUAUUCUUUUUAACCAGAUACUCGCGACUCCUUGAGGAAUCAUCCGGUAGAUCUGCGGCGCAAUUCUCCUGGCUAUUACUCUAUGCGAUGACUUGUCUUAUUUGCAUAAAUCCACUGGUCUCAAUGCCAUUUCUAGGACAUCCAUUAUCCUCGACUCUCGUAUACAUCUGGUCGAGACGAAACCCCGAUACACAAUUAAGUUUCCUCGGAUUACUAGUUUUCACGGCUCCGUAUUUACCAUGGGUUUUGAUGGGCUUCAGUUUAGUUUUACAUGGGACAGUUCCAAAGGAUGAAUUGAUGGGGGUAGUCAUUGGUCAUGUUUGGUACUUCUUUUGCGACGUUUACCCACCGCUACACAACGGACAUCGUCCAUUUGAUCCACCAAUGUUUUGGAGAAGAUUGUUUGAGAGACAGCCAAGGGAGGAAACAGCGGACGCAAUAAAUAAUGACAUUGCAAUGGCCGCAGCGCCAGGGCCGGAAGUAAGAUAAAAAUGGCAUCAUAGAUUAUCAUGAUGAAAUUGCAUGGGAAGGCGUUUGGAAUUUAGGAAGAAAUUGGGUGUGAACAUUAUUGUUCGCUGAUAUGGUUGUUAAGCAGAAGCAUCCAGCAGAGAUUUACUUUAGCCGCACUAUUAUAUCCAUAUGCUGAGGCUUUGUGGGCAUUUGUUCACAUCGCAAUCACAUGUAAGCGUA